AUGGAAAGGCAUGGAGACAGCCCCGUCACUGAACUCAACGAGGCGGGCGAGGUUGCCGGUAGCGAUCUUGCGCAUGAGCGCGAAGAGAGUAACGUGAACAUCAAGUCCAUCCUAUCUCAUGAUGGUGACAAGUCCGAGGUGGGCGAUGGCGAUCCCAGUCUGGGAGGCUGUGUCGAGUAUGCCAGACUCCAGGGCCAGGGGUAG